AUGCCUUCAAUGAACCUUCCUUCAAUUUCUGAAUUGAAUGAAUUUGUUUAUGAAGAUUUCAAUUCCACAAUUAGCAUAUUAUUUGAAUCUGCGCCACCACUUGGGAAAUAUCUUUACGAGGCACGCCCAUUUUCAUCAUACAGCUCUUUGAUAAACUUUGCCGAAUCGAUUGCUCUAAAUGAAAAUCAUCUAACCUUUCAAGAAAAAUUAGAGGUAAUAAAUGCACAUCCGCGUUUAGGUGAAAACAAGAAGAAAUUAUCUGCCCUUUCUUAUAAAGAGCAAGGAUACGAAAAUACGACCGCUACAAACGAGAAUGACAAUUAUGGAAAAAGCGACGAAAAUAAAAAUAAUGACGACGACUCGAUUAACGAGCAGCUUCAGCAAUUGAACAGAAAAUACGAAGAAAAGUAUGGAUUUCGCUUCGUAGUAUUUGUUAAUAGACGGUCUCGUAAGGAAAUUAUCCCUAUUCUUGAGGGGCGCUUGAAGGAUGGAAGCAAAGAACAGGAACUUGAUACAGGCAUCAAAGAGAUGUUUAAGAUUGCGCGUGACAGAUUGAGUAAUUUAGAAAAAUAA